UUGUCCGCCUGCUGUGAACCUGUCGGAAUGUGUCAAACAGCUGACGAUGCAUCCUACAGGACUUCGCAAACCCAAACGGAUGUUGUUCCGCAGACAUUCGUGAAUGCGUCGUACGCAAACAGUCCUACAGAAGGCCUCAGCUUAAUACACCCUGGGCAAGACCAUCCAGAUCCGAGUAAUACGCCGCUGGCAACCACAGGAAGAACAGUUGACGGGCGAUACCAGCUUGAGUUUGCCUGUAAUGGAGCAAGUGUAGAAGCCGAAAGUUUCGUUGGUCAAGACAAAGAUCAAACGGCGCAUCUGAUAACCAGGUAUGUUAUUCGUCAUCCUAACUGUAUAUACGAUCCGAAAAAGGGUGAACUACAUAUUGCAAUUUUGCAGAAAAUGCCAGUUGAAACAACACAAUCGCUAGACAUGAAACCGUUGGUGUAUACAACGAACCUAACGGGUGGAAUCGAAGAGGGUGACUUAACGAUAAAUGCUAUCGAUGCACCUGCAGAGCAACUGGAGCCAGAACGUGACACCUACUCACCAAACUUUAUUUACCUGGGUUAUGAUCCUAAACGAGCACGACAGAAAAAAAAAUCAUGUCAGCAGAAAAUACCGGUAGUUCAGACGAAACAGCCAAGGUUCAAAACGAAACGGCCGCGUUCUGUUUCAGCUUACGAGCCUGAUACUUCUUUACUGCGAUGUCAAGCGGCGUCAACUACCACUGCUACACAGGAUACUUCACAGUUGAAGUGGGAACCAGACCCUGACAUUAGCAGACAACCCGGUAUAAUCAUGGCUACAGAACCUGUUAUUGUGCCUGUCAUUGUUAAGCGAAAUAUGAGGUAUAUUCCUGUCUCCUCAGUACAGAAUGACUGUGGACAAGCAAACAAGACGAGAUUUAUUGACCUCAAAAUCCCAGAAGUUGUUGAACAAUUUACAAACAAUGGUAUCUGUACCAAUUUAUUUUCCAUAGACCCACCCAGUCAUAUCAAUUUUGAUCAAAAUGAGAUAGUUGAGGAAAAAGUUUCAGUAGGCCUGCCAUCUGGAUCACACUCAAUAAUGGAUUACGAAAUGGACGGGGACUCAGAAAGUUUUUGCAAUACCUCUGGCUCCAUGACAACUCCUGCUGUGCCCUUAAGGUUACCAGAAGAACAAAUGUCUUUUGUUUUAAAGUCUACCGACAAGGCUCCUGAAUGUUGUACAGCACUUGUAUUCACAACUUUGUUGAACGAGCCGGGGGAAGUUGAAGUCUUCGAAGAAUGGCCCGACAUUAGUCAAGCACAUGACUUCGCUGUUCACGCAACACAACGGGGCAACGAGGCAGUGACAAACAAGGAAGUUAAAAGGAACUCUCGAAGAACUUUCUUUGAUUUACUUACCACUUUCAAAAGACAAGAGCCACAAACUCAGAUACCUGGAGCAAAAACAUAUGACACUGAAUCUAAUUCAGUUGCACCCACCGCACAAGAAAACACAGCGCCCGUGUAUUCAGAAAAAAAUACUACCGUUGCAGAGAACACCGAUGUCUUAGCAGAACAACUCCAGGACCAGACUUAUCCAGUUGUUCCUGAGAAUUCAGUUGAUAACAAACCUAAAGCCACUUGCACAUGCACCAUCAAUAAGAAGAAAAACGGGAACUUACUAUGUACGGUGGACAAAACGGUAAAUAUACGUCUGGCGGGAAGUCCGGUAGAAACUUCUGGGUGUGUGAAGAGUGUGACCUCCGUUACCACUCCGAAAAUGGCUAUGGACGUCAUGCUUGAUACCCAACAGAUGAGUCCUUUUCUUCAAACCCCUGUACGUCGCUUAAAUGCUGCAAAACCAACGAAUCGAGAGCAAAUGGCUGUGGCUCUCAGAUCAAAGACCUUUGGUUCGCCAAGUCACCACUACUCAUCUGAUAGAAUAAAGCACCGCAAAGGAAGCGAUGAAGUUGAUUUAUUGAAAGAACGAUCAAAGCCAGACCCCUCAGUUCCCAGUUUCCUUCCACCCAUUGAAAAUGUUCACACAAGCACCAUGGCUUCUGACGUCCAACUUCCCACACGAACAAGCAAAACAGAACAAAAUGGAAGUGUCACUUUGCCAAAACUAAGGCCGUCUGGUUCGAAUUUAAGCGAACACAAAACGGGAGCAUCUGUGAAUAGAAAUAACCAUAUCCCAAGCAAGUCCAGUAGCAAAACCAGAAAGAAGGUGUACGAUAUACUCGUUUUGCAUCCAUCGACGUGA